AUGUCUACUGAAAGUGAUCGUAGGUUGCCAUUGGGCGAGUUGACGGGUUCUAGUUUAAAUAAGCUAUCGAAUGAUAAUGGUGUGUACAAGACAGCGACUUCACUUCCCUCAAUACACUCUUUGAUUGAUCAUACACCAGCAAGAAAUAUUACCUAUGAAACCCCAUCGAGGAAUCCUGUUACAGGAAAUAGAAAUUUUAAUGAAGUAUCAAAAAAAUUACAGAUUCGUUUACAACUUGCAUAUUAUAAAUACAAAACGAAACAAACAGAUUUGAAAUUCUCUGAGUUGAAAUCUUUGUCCAAUACAGGGGUUAAUUUAACACUGAGAACUAAAUCAGAACCAGUAGUAAAGAGGAGAAAAUUGCUCGUUUCACAUGGUAACUAUAAGACUCCUGCAAGAUCCAGUACUCGAAAGUAUUUGACGAUGUCUGCAUCUUUAAACGGCUCAGCUACGUCUAAUGGAGAAUAUUCCGGUUUACAGACAAGCAUAACAUCAAAUACAAAUACUAGCAUCAUGUUUCAUGUGAAAACACCCAUUCGAAACUUUGAGAUCCGCGAUAAUAACAGUAGCAAUACUCCACAACGUAAAUAUGCUCAAAAACAAGAAACUCCAAUGAGUGUUAAAGCUGCAAAAUCCUUACUUUAUCUCUUUACAAGUAACAACAGCAACAACACCAAAUAA